AUGUCUGAUAUGCUUCCAUUGGCUACGUAUAGCCUGAAUGUUGAACCAUACUCCCCAACCCCAGCUUUAAACUUCGAAACGCCGGUUACCAUUAGAAUCACAAUGGCGGCCAUCGACCCUGAGCCCUUUGACGAUGACAAGAAGCCAUCUACUUUAAGAAUAAUUAAAAGAAACCCCGAACUAGCUGACUAUGAAAACGAUGAAGACUACGAAGAGGAUGAAAGCGACAGUGAGCAAGAAGCAGGUGUACCAAAAAAGAGUGAAAAAACAAAAAAAAGUAAGAGGGUUGAGCAAAGUGAAUCAGAAGAUUCCGAGGAUGAAAGCGAAAUCGAUGAUGAGUUCGAAGAAUGUGUUCUUUUAACCCUAUCUCCAAAAGGUCAAUAUCAACAAGCUUUGGAUAUUACCAUUGCACCAGAGGAAGACGUUCAAUUCGUUGUCACCGGUUCAUACACUAUCUCUCUAACCGGUAACUACGUCAAACAUCCAUUUGACACACCGCUAGAAGACAAUUCUUCAGAAUCAGACGAAGAUGAAGAGGACUAUUACAGUGAAGAAGAAUCUUCCAAUGGAGAAGAAGAGCAAGAAGAAGAGCAAGAAGAAGAGGACGAUGAGGAACUAAGCUCUGGUGAUGACGAUCUUGACGAUUUAGUUGAUGCUAGUGACAUUGAGAGCCGUCUUGAUGAAUUAGUCGAAAAAGACAAAAAGAAGAAAAACAACAAAAAGGAUGGCAAGAGGAAACAUGAAGGAGACGAGGAGGAAACUGCCAAACCUGCAGAGAAAAAACAAACGACCAAGAAAGACAAGAAAACAGAAACAAUUAAAGACUCGGAAGAAGGCAAACAAAAGCCGAAGACAAAGCUUCUAGAAGGUGGUAUUAUUAUUGAGGAUCGCGUCACAGGAAAGGGGCCACAUGCCAAGAAGGGCACCAGAGUUGGAAUGAGAUAUGUUGGUAAGUUGAAAAACGGGAAGGUUUUUGAUAAAAAUACAAAGGGUAAGCCUUUUGUUUUUAAGUUAGGCCAAGGUGAAGUAAUUAAAGGAUGGGAUAUCGGUGUUGCUGGUAUGGCAGUCGGCGGUGAGCGUAGAAUUGUCAUUCCUGCCCCAUAUGCCUACGGUAAACAAGCUUUGCCCGGCAUUCCGGCUAACUCUGAAUUGACAUUUGAUGUUAAAUUAGUCUCCAUGAAAUAG